GGAGGAGGGGGACACCAUGUUGUCGUGCCAAAUCGUAACAAACAAGAUCAUGUUGACCCAAUUGUAAUACCAACACCACCAAGCAACCAAAAUAUGUCAGCAGCUCAUCCCCAUCAAUCACCUGUGGUAGAUUCAUCAGAUGACAAACCUGAAGUGGUGAAUCAACAAGCAGAUGCUUCGAGACGGGCGGGUCACACAAAAACCCAAGAUGAAGAAGAAAAAUGGUUCGAGGCUAUGGAGGCAAGUAACAUGGACGAGGUAGUUGAUUCAAAUACCGAGGUAAAGCAAGAUACCAUCAAGCAAUACGAUCCACUAUCAUCAUCGUAUAGACCGGAUGAAGAGAAGGGAGCUACUGGUAGUAAUGAUUUUCAGCAUAUCCUAGAUGGAUACGAAAGUAUAUCUUCUGGUGACAAUAUCAUCGAUGAACACAUUUCUGAAGCCAGCUCGCAAGGUCUAGAAUCGACCCAUUCAUCACCCAAGAGUAAGCCAGCUAGGAGAGAAACUACUGAGGACAGCAUAUCACACACUCAAGCAGCACCAGUAGCAGCACAAGUUGAGGAAAAGCCCGUAGCACAAGUAGCCAGCUCAUCAAAGGAAAAACUAGUUACACCUGGUAGUCCACACGCAAUUAAAAUGCAAAGUAGUGUCGAUUUUUUAAAACAAAAACAGGCCAAGAAACGUGUCACACCUACAAAAAUAAUGCCAACCAAGGCCACUCCAGUAGCAGUACCUAUUUGUGUACCCACAAACUACCCAAGUCAACCGAAAGAAAAAUUCAAAUUGCCAAAGGAAUCAAGUUUCACCUACAGGUCAAAACCGCUAUUGCCAGCAAAAUUCCAUGGUAAUUCAGCAAGUAUGGGCACUCCAAAGAAGUUUUUAGCCAAGCCAACUACAAACUACAAGGACACAACUAGUAAUGAGUGGGGACACUCAAUGGUCUCGGAAGGGGGUAUUGUCGGUCCUGAAGAUCCACAGGUCAUAGCAAAUAUACCGCGUAAGCUACAGACGCGUCCUAGAUUUAAGCCAGUAACGCCAGCGCGUUAUAAAAGACAGCGGCUAUUGAAUCUCGUCCUUGUUCCGGCUCGGCCCUAUUAAAUAUAUCUUCCUGCUAUAUAUAGUACGCGUUUAAAUAGUAGCUCUAUACCUACGAAUAAAAGACUGACAG